GCGCUGAGCGGCGCGAGGAGAUGCGACAGGGCGCCGCGCCGCCGGCACCAUGCGCCCCCCGCCCGCGCUGGCCCUGGCCGCGCUCUGCCUGCUGGCGCUGCCCGCCGCCGCCGCCGCCUACUUCGGCCUGACCGGGCGGGAGGUCCUGACACCCUUCCCAGGGCUGGGCACCGCUGCGGCCCCAGCACAGAGCGGGGCCCACCUGAAGCCGUGUGACCUGCUGAAGCUGUCCCGCCGACAGAAACAGCUCUGCCGGAGGGAGCCCGGCCUGGCCGAGACCCUGCAGGACGCUGCUCACCUCAGCCUGCUCGAGUGCCAGUUUCAGUUCCGACAUGAGCGCUGGAACUGCAGUCUGGAGGGGAGGACAGGCCUGCUCAAGAGAGGUUUCAAGGAGACGGCCUUCCUGUAUGCAAUGUCCUCCGCUGCCCUCACCCACACUCUGGCCCGGGCCUGCAGCGCCGGGCGCAUGGAGCGCUGCACCUGUGAUGAUUCUCCGGGCCUGGAGAGCCGGCAGGCCUGGCAGUGGGGCGUGUGCGGCGACAACCUCAAGUACAGCACCAAGUUCCUGAGCAACUUCCUGGGGCCCAAGAGAGGAAGCAAAGACCUGAGGGCACGGGCGGACGCUCACAACACCCACGUGGGCAUCAAGGCAGUGAAGAGUGGCCUCAGGACCACAUGUAAGUGCCACGGUGUGUCGGGCUCCUGUGCCGUGCGCACCUGCUGGAAGCAGCUCGCCCCGUUCCGCGAGACGGGCCAGGCGCUAAAACUGCGUUAUGACUCAGCUGUCAAGGUGUCCAGUGCCACCAACGAGGCCUUGGGCCGCCUGGAGCUGUGGGCGCCCGCCCGGCCAGGCAGCCCCACCAAGGGCCCGGCCCCACGGCCCGGGGACCUGGUCUAUAUGGAAGACUCGCCCAGUUUCUGCCGGCCCAGCAAGUACUCGCCCGGCACGGCGGGCAGGGUGUGCUCCCGGGAGGCCAGCUGCAGCAGCCUGUGCUGCGGGCGGGGCUAUGACACCCAGAGCCGCCUGGUGGCCUUCUCCUGCCACUGCCAGGUGCAGUGGUGCUGCUACGUGGAGUGCCAGCAGUGUGUGCAGGAGGAGCUCAUGUACACCUGCAAGCAUUAGGCCUGCGGCCCGGUGUGCCAGGGGGGCGCUGCCAGGACCCCGCGCUGCUCGGCCACGUGGAGGCCCCCCAGGCAGGGGCACGCGGCGUGCACCCCGAAGUCGGUGCCCGCACGCGCGCACUCCUCUCCACUGGGCCCGGCAGCCCUUCCCUCCCUCGACACCCAGCAAAGAGAGGUUGAGGGGGGACUGGAACUGAGGGUCCCCAACCACGUUGGAGCAGGAGAGCAGAGUAGGAAAGGAUGUGGGGGGAAUAAGGGAGACCAAAGGAGGAAGGACUGAGGGUUUUGUGAGGGGGGACCACCUCGCUGUCUCAAUUCCUCGGAUGAGUGGCCUAGAGCCAGCCAGGCUGGGCCAGCAGGGCGCUGGGAGGCAGUGUCAGCGUGUGGCUUUGCUGGGCUAGAGGUGGGGGCGGGGGGCGGGGCGGGGCAGGCCAGGCCAGGUGGCAGGGGCUGUUUGGAGAAAGGAAGGAUUUCUGGGCCCGAGGGAGGCCAAGUCCGACACCUGCCCCCGAGCCCGGUGUACUUGAUUUGGCUUUUCAAAUAUGCACUGAGGCGUCGUUCUUGCCUUGAGAGCUGAGUUAUUCACACCCACUGGGCCCUGCUGGAUAAGAGCACCAGUGAAUGCAGGACCGGUAGGGAGAGCCAGCUAGUGCGCUGAGGUUGCACAGAGAGACAGUGACCCCUCGCCGUUUUCUGGGUGUGGAACUUUUAGUCCCCGCGCAGGAGAGGGUGACAGCCUUCUGGUUCGAGGCGGGGACGCAAGGAGCUCCGUUUCUCAGCCUCCCCUUAAGCCCGGUUUGAUCAGCUCCCCUGUGGCUGCGUUCCACCCGUGCCGUGAGGCCCCAACGCAGCUGACGGUCGUGACAGUAGAGUCCCGAAUCUGCUUACGUUUCUGCUCUUGCAGAUACUCAUCUAAUUAAGGUUUUUGCCCUGGGGUUACAGGUUCAGGGAAGUCUUCGCUAAGCCUGGCUCCUGGGGAGCCCCCGUCACUUACUGAUGGCCCCCACUUUGGCUCCUACCUGAGGAAUAGAAGUCACUUUGCUAAUUUCCUCUGAUCCUGUGGACACUGCCAGUGCUACCUUCCAAGGCCCUAUGUGGGAGGAGGAGAGAGUAAUUGGUACAUAUAUACAGGCGCGCGUGCGCGCACACACACACGCACACACGCACACUCCUUGGACCCGCCAGGCUGAGGGUUCCCACUUAGCCGCACGCUCUCUCCGGUUCAGAACCAAGACCUUUCAGGGGUCACUCUGCUGGAAGCUGAGUGCUUCCCCAGAGCAGGGCCCACGGCCAGCCAGGAGGAAGUGACCUCCAUCGGGAAGCCCUUGGCUGUUUUGCCGACCUGCCGCGCCCUCCGUCAGCUUCCUUUCUCCCUAGAGUUGCUGACCUGCGGCUGAACGGAAACUUCAGAAUCAGCUGUAGGCUCCGAAACCACCAGCGUGAGCCCAGGAAGAAGCCCCGGGCUCCCUGAGAUCUCCGAGGGUGAGGCGUUGCCCUAGCUUUGGCGGGUCAAGGCAGCUUGUGAGAUGCUGGAAGGAUCUCUGGCUGCAGAGGUUCUGAUGAAAAGCCAAACUUACCCGAGACCCCCUCCCUGGACUGACUUUGCCGACCCAGGCAGCUGGCCCACAUAUGGCAAGAAGAACAAAAAGGAGAGAGAGCCGCUUUUCUCGUUUCUUCCAUUCCCCCACCGCACGGAGACUUUCUCUUUGCCAGCCCCAUCCUUCUGGUUCCUCUGAGACCCCAAGUCUGCCUCCGCCUUGCCUCGGCCCUUGUCAUAAGGCAGCAGAGACCUCACGGGCAGGAAGAAGGGACCCGAUGCGCCCAUACACCAUCUGCACCCCGACUCCGUGGCCGGCAGUGCCGGGGUUGCAGAGGAUAAAGGCAGACUCCAAGGGACCGAGGCCAUGGCUGGCCACCGACACUGAUGACCUCGGCCAAUGUCACGGGUGUGGGCUCUGAGGGCCCCUCGGCCUGGGGGGGUUCCUUUCUGUCUAGCCCCCUGUCUCUUUCCUCCUUCCAUGCUCCCGCCCCUUUCUCUUCCAGGUGCCCCCAAAGAUCCCCCUCAGCCCUGCUGGGACCCCUGGGGACCAGUGGCCACUGACCCCUCAUUCUACAGCUUUAAGGGAAGCACUCACAGGGUAUUUUUUUGUCUACCUCACAUAUAUAGUUUUUAGGGCAAAAGAGAAUAAUUUAUAUAGCGAAGGUAUAUGAGAAAAUAUUUAUGUAUAAUAUUUAUAUAAUUUCUAUAUUUCAUGGGCAGCCCCUGGGGGGUUUGUGUGCUCUGUGGGAAGCCAUCUGUCUGGGGAAAUACAGCUUGGCCUGACCGGGGCCUCCCGCCACUGAGCUGUCCGUCAGGUGGCUGGGGUAUCUCUUAGGUUCCUGUGACCGGCCUAUCUCGGAGCUGGUGAGAACGCAUCCCCUCUGAGCCUGAGCCCUGGUGGGCUUGAUCCAUAUCUUCCUUGUCAAGUUUUUGUAAAUUCUCUGUUUUUCUGGGUCCCAGGCCCAUCUUCUGCCCUGGCAAAACUGUCUUGCUCGUAAUGAUAAUGACAACAAAGAUGCCCACGCUUUGCAUUUGUAAAGAGCACUUGCAGUCUUCAGAAACCCUCUUGUCCCUUUAAUCCUGCUGGAUACCCCUGUUAUCCCUGUAAGCUGUGCUGGGUUUGUGGAUGCGGCCCAGAGGUGGAGGGCUGUGCCCAAAGUCACACUAAGGGGGAUCGUCCACGGAGUAUUUACUGAAAUUCCGCACAGGCCAGGCACCAUGGGAGCUGGCUUGCCCUGAGCCCAGGAGCCCAGGGAAGUGGCCGCUUCCCUGGCUGUGUCUGACCCUGACCUUUUGGACCUGGACGGCACAUCAGCAUUUCUCCAAGUGGAGUCCUUUGUCUCAGGGGCUGGGACUGCCCGAGAGGCCUGGAGAGAAAGGGACCUCGCGGGAGCCACUCCAGGGACAGCCUGAGAGGCUUGGGCUCCAUCACGGGGCCCCUCCCAGCCCACAGAUGGAUGUCGUUUGCUCUCAUGUAGUGUUUUUCUCUUCAAAAUGAAUCGUUUUCCAUUGGAUUUCUGGCUUGCCUGGCAAAAUCAGUUGUGCUCGCAAACGGGGCCCGCACUCUCACCCGGCCACCGUCAGCUACACACAGGGAGCCCUACUGGGCUGCGUGGGGGUUCCCCACUUGGCCAAGUACCCCCACUCAGUCGGCCUCACUCAUGGACGUUCCUGCUUGGCGCUUGUGGGCGCAUCGUGUCCAUCCUCCUGUCCAGAUAAGCCCAGAGUCCCGGUGUCUUUCAGAACCUGGCAGACGGGUCCACAGACAGACGCACGCCAGCCUUGAAGGUUAUUUCUUGCUUUCCAGCAUUUCCUUUGUCGAAGUUCAAGUGCUUUUAGUCUCAGCACGUUUUAGAGUCGCAAUGGGAGUUAUCAUACGUCGAGCACCUGUUACGUCCAUCCAUUCAAUCAGCGAUUGCUUAGGGAGUCACCUCCCUGGGUGCUAGCUUGCAGCGGCGAGUAAAACCAAUCCCUGCCUCGUGGGGCUGACACUCUAGUGGGUGGGUAGAGACAAUAAACCAAUAAACUCCAUGUCAGCUAUUUGCA